UCAGGUAGAAUGGCAUGAAUAAAUAAUAACACUAUAAAUACAAAGCUAAAGAAUUGCGUUGCUGAUAUUAUAUACUUGUUUGUCAAGAUGAAAGCUCGUAUUGGACUACUUGUGUUUUGUUUUUGUGUGACAAUUACCCUUUUCGAGGUUAUAGGGAAAAGCGAAGCUUUAAGACCAAAGAAGCCUAAAGAAUGCAAUAACGCAAAGGAUUGCGGCUAUAACCAAUGUUGUGCCAACGACAAAGUUAAAGGACGGAAAAAAAGAUCCACGGGUUAUGCUGGAAUUUGUAAACCAUAUGGCCAACGGAAAUCAGAAUGUGCAGUGAAUAAUCAAAAUGCUAAUGAAGUUGUGUUCCUUGGUUGGUGUCCGUGUAGCAAACCAUUUGAUUGUGUUGGAACAGGGAUGAAUGAACCACCGUUUGGUGAAAAAGCCGAUCCAUCAUCUAAGAUGGCCACCAUCGGGGGACUUAGUUUAACAUAG